CUAUGCAUAUUCCAAAAGAGCAAAGUAUAUGAAAAUGACAAUACAGAAAACCUUUUUCUCUCUGGAGUCACACAAUAGGUACAACCUCCAAUAAGAAAAGUACAACACUUUAUCCAAAAAAGACCUUCGCCUGUAAGAAAUCAACAAAAUCAUCACCUUUUUGUUAAAUCUUUGCAACAUUUUGGACAUACCCCUUUAAAGAGGACUCAAAGGGUGUCAAAAAAAAAUGAUAAAAGAGGAGCAAUUGAUGCAAUCAAGAAAUCAAGAAAAUUACCUGCUAUAAGAAAUCAAGAAAAUCACUCACCAUUUCCAUUGUCAUCAUCAUUUGUUUGUAGAUCUUUGUAAAAUUUUGAACAUACCCUUUGAAAGAGUACCAAAAAGGCGUGACGAGAAUGCAGAGGUAAGAGAAUUAGUAAAAGACGAGCCACAAAUAGGUAGUAGGUACAACCUCCAAAUAGAAAAGUACAAUACUUGAGUCCCAAAAGACCUUCACUUGUUAGAAAUCAACAAAAUUGUUCAAAUCUUUGUAAAAUUCUGAGCAUACUCUUUGAAAGAAGACUCAAAAGGGUGUCAGAAAAAUGGUAAAAGAGGAGCAAUUGAUGGAAGAAAAAUGAAAUCUUGAAAAAUAGGUACAACUUCCAAAAAGAAAAGUACAACAGUUGAAUCUUGAAAGAUCUUCACCUGUAAGAAAUCAACAAAAUCUCCAAUACCCUUUGAAAGAAGACUCAAAAGGGUGUCAGAAAAAUGAUAAAAGAGGAGGCAUUGAUGGAAGAAAAAUGCAAUCUUGAAGAUGAGCCAAAGAACAGAAAAUGCAAGAAUGUAAUAGAAGAAAUAGCAGAGAAGUUGAAGAAUGAAGUGUGUGAAGAGGGAAAGAUUGAAGCAGCUAAAGAUAUUAGGAAACUGGUGAGGAAGUCAUCGUCUUCAGGGAAGACACGUGUCCGGUUUGCUGCUGCUGGUGUUAUUCCACCGUUGGUUGAUAUGCUUCAAGGUUGUUCUUAUUCUUUACUUGCUCGUGAGGCUGCUCUAUUAGCUCUCCUUAAUCUUGCCUCCCGUAAUGAAAGAAACAAAAUAAGGAUCGUUGCAUCCGGUGCCAUCCCUCCUCUUGUGGAGCUCCUGAAGUUCCAAAAUGGCAAUUUGAAAGAACUAGCAACUGCUGCUAUUUUGACACUGUCAGCUGCUGCAACCAACAAACCGACAAUAGCUGCAUCUGGAGUUGCACCUCUUCUGGUGCAGAUCCUGAGUUCAGGCACUGUUCAAGGAAGGGUUGAUUCCGUCACAGCCCUCCACAAUCUCUCCACAAGCAUAGAAGAUCCCAAGUUAGUUCUUGAUCCUAGAGCGGUUUUCCCGCUAAUGAAUCUCCUCAAAGACUGCAAGAAAUAUUCCAAGUUCGCCGAGAAAACCACAGCCCUAUUGGAAAUCCUAUCUAAUUCUGAAGAGGGAAGAGAUGCAAUCACAAAUGCAGAUGGCGGAAUACUCACUCUGGUGGAGACUGUUGAAGACGGGUCCCUCAUCAGCACGGAACACGCUGUUAGGGUUUUGCUGUCAUUGUGUCAAAGCAGCCGAGACAAAUACAGGGAACUCAUUCUCAAAGAAGGCGCUAUUCCAGGCCUUUUACGGUUAACUGCAGAGGGCACACCUCAAGCUCAGGAUAGAGCUAGAACGCUUUUGGACUUGCUUCGAGACACUCCUCCUGAAAGCAGAUUCUCAUCUUCCACAUUGGAAAGAAUAGUGUACGACUUUGCUGCACAAGUUGAUGGAACGGAUAAAGCUGCUGAAACAGCCAAGAGAUUGUUGCAAGACAUGGUUCACAGAAGUAUGGAGCUAAGCACGAGUCGUUUACAGUUACGGGCUUCAUCUUGUACCCCUUCAAAGGUGCAGUCUUUAUGAAUAAUUAGGUAGUUUCAGGUUUUCAGAUAGACCGGUAUAUAGCCAAGAAAAUGAAGCUAUGUAAAUGGAGUAUAUUAGCUCUUCUUCCUCUGCCCGAUUUUAUGUGGAAAGACGCGGAGUUGCAAAGACCAUAUAACUAGAAACUGGUAGCUAGUAGAUAGUAUAUGCUGGUGGUAACACCAGUGGAAGGAUAAGGUGAUUUUCUUGACCUUAAUGAGCAUUGUACAUUUCUAAUUUAAUCACUCAUUUGUAAAGUUUGCAAUUA